GUAGACCUUGUUGAGCAUGGACUUUGUUUCUUAAGCUCCGCCCCCUUAGCCAUGUCUCACAAGCUUCCAAAAUGGUGAUUGAACAGAACGUGUUUGAAGUCGAUUCUCUAUCGCGUAUUCCAGAUAAUAUUGGGAAUUAAGAUUAUGGACGGAGCAGGACGCAAUGUCAGAGUUACAGCAAAACGUUGGCGAUCGAUGCAAAAAAGUUUGACGCCUCACAAACUUCAUAUUGAAAUCCAACAGGAUAAAAUUGUGGAAUCGUACUGCGCAUGUAAAGCAGGGGUCUUAGCUGAGCUGGAGCUGCCGUGGUGGAAGCUUUGGGCAAAAGCUUGAUUCACUGACCACCUGCCUGACCACCCCUCUGCUCUAUCCUCCACUUCAGCAGCAGGCACUGACAUUUGUAUAAUGAACGUGACUCAUUUUCACGUCUUCACAACUUGUAAGCCUGACUUCAAUCACAUGCAAGGAUUAAGAAAAGACAAAUUGAAUGAAUGAAAUGAACGUUUGUUGGCCAACCCAAAUGUGUAUUCAUAUUCAAAACGUACACAGUUCAAAUAAAGAGCCGCAUCCUUGACUAGUAGUGCUGUAUUUCCUGUGUUGUAGAUGCUGGCGGAUGACAAAACAACAUUUCGGAUGUACUCACUUGGGCUAGUGUUGGCAAUAAAAAUACUGCAUCAUGUUUUUACCUUCUUUUUAAUGAAAGAAGAGGUACGCGCCAUUCCAUCCCACCCCACAUUCCUCAUUAAAAUUAAGAAUAAAGUGCACUUACAGUUUCCUAUUUUUGUUAUUUGUAACUUCCUAGAUUAUCUUUAAAGCAAAUAACGCAGCCAAUAAGAGGACCUUAAUUGAUUUAGUCUGCAUUUGUAAAGUAAAAAAACACACACACACACAUAUAUAGAUAAUAUAAUAUAUGGGCCUUUUGAUUGUUGGUUUAAUGUUUCAACCUGAUAAAGAGGUUGUUUUAGGAUGGCACCGUCGGUAAAGCAGGAUUCUAUUUAUGCGAACAUCAGUCAGGGGUAAUAAUUCAUUAGGCAGGCCCACUGUAAUGAGCCUGUGCAGACAAAGCACCCGCUUCUUUCCCAUGGGAGCUGUGAUCAUAAUGACAGCACUGAGUGUUGCCUGGUUUCAUGCUGAAUCAACUCAUUAGAAUAAACAGAUAAUGUUUUAAACAAUCAGCAGCCUCAACUAUUUUGCUGUAGUAUCUGCUACACUCCUUUAUUAGUAGUAUUUUUAUUUGGCCGUGUUUAUGUAGUGUACAGUAGAUACAGUAUAUUACCCUUUUAUGUUCACCAUGUUUUAUGUUUAUUACUGUUUCUAUACCGCAAACUUUUAAAACUUUUAAUAUUGAAAAUCGGACCCUUAUGAGGAUAAGCGGCUUGGAGAAGUGAAAAUACAAUACAGUUGAUUAGUAUGUUAUCGGCUGGCGGUGACGUCAUAAUAAACUCGCGAAUCCAUUGGUCAGAAUUUUACCAUAAAGAAAUCUAAUUGGCUGCUCAGAGGUGAAAAAGUUAUCUUGUUAUUUAGCCAACUUCGAAAUUAGUUCCAAAAUUAUGACUGAUGCUAAAUCCUUUAAUUGUUUGUUAUUUUCCCAUAAAAAAUUAUUCAAUACACUCGAGGAAAUCCAGUACACGACAUGUCGCUCAGAUCCGGGUGACGUCAAUACCAAGCAACCCCAUUGGUCGAAAUUUUAGCAUAAAAAAAUAUGAUUCGCUACUGCUGGGACGUGAACGGUUAGCUUGUUGUCAUGCAGCCGCGUAGAUAGCAAAAACACUUUAUAGUGUUUGUUUUCUGCCACGUCUCUUCUCGCUACGGUCCAAUUUAACACUCGUACAUGCAGUUAAGUUGUAUCCAUUUAAUUUCGUUGAUUCGCAACAUUAGUGCAUUUUUUUUCUUGCUUGGAAAUGAGGAAAUUAGUUUGCUCGGUUGCGAAGUGACAUGUCUUCAAUCUAGCAGUCGCAGGUUUAUAUGUCAUAGACCGACCUUAUUAGCGCUGUCACCUCAAGGACAGUUUUAGCUUCUGUGCAUAGCAAUGGCAUAUACAAGACUGUUUCACUUAUUCAGCAUUAGAGCUACACGUUCGACCCAAAAGCGAGCCGCUGGAUGUGCACGGUGCUUCCGAAAACAUGUCAGCACUUCAGCUUGGCGAUCACAGAGCCGAAUGUCCGCCUGGGUCAUCGACCAAUUUGGCACUAACGAAGUGUUUAGGUACUCUGAAGACAUCCCCGUCCCUACGAUCACCAUGUCCAGCCAAGUGAUGAUCCAAGUCCACGCUACCAGUCUCAACCCUUUGGAUGUGUCCAUGAGAGGUGGGUAUGGAGCUAAGAUGCUGAAGCUACGAAGGGACCCAUUUUCGAUAAUGGACGACCAUGGUGAUUUUCCUCUCAUCCUUGGUCGGGAUGUGUCCGGAGUUGUGGUGGAGUGUGGAUCUGAGGUUGAACACUUUGUACCAGGAGAUGAGGUUUGGGGUGCCGUGCCGCCGUGGAAACAGGGCAGUCUGGCGGAAUUUGUCAGUCUAACAGAGUUUGAGCUGUCCCACAAGCCCAAAUGUUUAAGUCACGUGGAGGCGGCGUCCAUCCCGUACGUAGCCGGCACUGCGUUGUCUGCGCUUGUUAACGCGGGUGGUCUUUGCAGAGAGAGCUCCUCCAAUAAAAGAAUUUUGAUUAUCGGAGGAUCCGGAGGUGUCGGAACGUUUGCCAUUCAGCUGGUAAAGGCCUGGGGAGCCCACGUUACAGUCACUUGCUCUCAUAACGCCGAGGGCCUCGUCCGAGGGCUCGGAGCCGAUGAGGUUGUGGACUACGCUGUGGAGGAUGCGGUCCAGCAACUGGAAAUAAUGGAGAGAUUCGACGUGAUUUUGGACAACGUGGGCGGGGACACCGAGGAGUGGGCGGUGGGUUUAUUAAAACCCUGGUCUGGGGCGAAGUACGUCACGCUGAUAACCCCUUUGCUCUUCAAAACGGACUCCCUCGGCGUACUGGACGGGCUCGUUUACGCCGGAGCUGCCCUGAGCACUAAGGUCAUACAGAAUAUGGUUUCAAAUGGAUUCUUCUACCGCUGGGGGUUCUACACCCCAGACGGGCCUGGCCUGGAUGAGGUCAGCCAGCUGGUGGAUAGCGGGAAGAUCUUGCCAGUGGUGGAGGCCCGGUUCCCAUUCAGCCAGGUUCCACAGGCUUUUCAGAAAUUGGAGCUCGGCCACGCCAGAGGCAAGACGGUCAUCAGCGUGACUGAGGAGCCAGAGAACGAGGAGCAAAACAUGGACCACAAUCCGACACAGGAAACGGCAACACAAUACUGAGAGAGAGAAUGAAUCUGUGCUGAUUCUUUUCUUUACAAGGUAACGUUGAAGACUCACAUCUAUUUAGACGGGAUCAAAAGUGGGACAAAUCCUGUUGUUCAUAUUGUUGUCCCGACAACCCUUCUUGAGAAUUUUAUCGCAAGGUACAUGAAUGAGUGUGCUUUCCUAUCACCGUGUUAUUACUCUGGUAAUCAAGCGUUGAGGUGUGUACAUUUCAGGUUAUCUCAGUUUUUCAUUACGAACAGACUUAAGUCAAUAUUUUGUCUGCUAUUAAUACACACAGACGUGCUCUAUUAAGUUGUUUCCGACCACAUCGGUGAGUAGACACUCCCAGUGCUGUCGAUGCCGAAACGAGAAUUUAUUCUAAAGUCAAUGUUUUUGUUUGUUUUGUUUAACGUAUUUUCUUGCAAAUUUAGUGUCACUGCUUUUUUCUUAAAUAUAAUUUAAAAUUAGCUCCCAAACAGAGAAACUGUUAUAAUAGUGAGCAGUCGUGGCCACAUCCUGCCUUUCCUGGGUUUGUGCAUACAUCAUUAAAAAAAAUAACAAUGAUAAAAGAAAAAUCUGUAUCCAUUUUUCCAUGACGUCUGUAAAAAUGGCUUGAAGUUCCAAUCUUCACUGCACAGGAUCUGUUGGGAGCACUUGACAUUCGCAUACCUCAGUAUUCACACAAUUUUUAAAGCAACUCCAAUUCUUACUUUAGGGAACAUCAUUAUAUGUACGGUAGGCUCUAA